AAAGCAACAGGACCAACUAAAGCGCUUCGAACGAGGAUUUACCAGACAGGCUAGCCACCCCAAUAAAUCGACUUUUAAAGAAAGAAAUAUGUGCAACCGGUGAUUAACUGUUACAAUAUACCAUCGACAAUUCACCCAACUUUGGUCUAGCGUCACUGACAUUUAUUCAUCGCAUCACUGAAGAUACAUUUUCCAGUUGCUAAAGGGGCUAGCAGCUCACAGACUUGUUAAACAUGGACGAUGAAGAUGUUGCGGAUAGCUGGGAAGAGGCGGCGGACAGUGGGGAAAUAGAGAGAAGACUUGAAGCAAAACUCAAGAUAAACCAGGAAGCAAAAAAAGUUACUUCAAGGAGCUCUCCAAUGCGAACUGCUAUUGUGAUUCAGGAUGACUCGCUCCCUGCAGCACCACCACCACAAAUCAGGAUUUUAAAGCGUCCUACAAAUAAUGGCACAGCCAGCAGCUCUGCGUCCUCUUCACGUCCUCAGCAGACAAAGACUUUAGCCCAACGAGAGGCAGAGUAUGCCGAAGCUCGAAGAAGGAUUUUGGGCAGCGCCUCAUCAGAGGAAAUGCCUCAGGACAAUUCCUGCCAGGACAGGCCCACUCGUUUGAAUGUGCAGCAACCAUCAGAACCCGCUCGACCAAACAACUACAUUAUUCGGCAGCCCACUGGUCCAGAUGGUACAACAGGCUUUCGACUUUGUAGAUAAGGGAGCUCUCUAUAAGGAGUUGACAAUUCCUGUGAGCUAUUUAAGGGUGGCAGAGGGGUGUGUUACUGCAGAAUGGACAAAUAACUUCAGAGACAUGAAUGGACUGUAUAGUCUGAGUCCACACCUCUAACUGGCUCCGGGCCCUGUACUCUGUGGAGGGUCUUCAGAGAUCAGCUGAUUGCUUGGACCCUUCGCAUGCCACUGUGACCUCCUCACACUGUGAUUAAUUCAGUAAACCAAGAGGUGCCCCAGGACCAGAUCAGAGCACGGUACAUCUUUCUUCAAAGGGAGAAGAGGAAAUGUACCAUUUUCCUUGAAACCUAAAGAAGAGUGGAGCUGUCUUGUAGUCGAUAUGCUACAAGAUGAUGAGGAUCAGAUAAAAGUGUUAACAUGUGUAGUUAUGAACUUCACGGCUAAUACAGGUAUAAUCAGUUCAAAAGGAUGUUUUUAAAAGAACUCCUAGAUUGCUGAGGUUGACCUAAACAUGGCUGCUCCACGCCUAGUGAGGGGCCCUGAUAUAGUGGAACAUGGGCAGUGGCCAAAGAUGACAGGAGGACAAGCUGUUCAUAAAUCCUGGCUUUUAUAAGCAAUAAUUAACUCAGAAAUUUGAUUAGUUUUGUUGUUUUUUUCAGAAUCAUACGAACAUUCUGGGAACGUCACUGUCCUUGUAUUUUAUGUUUUAAACGCAGUAUGUCUGAUUCUAAAUAUUUGAUUCCUGUAGGCGUGAUGCAUCAGAUUUGCAAGAAUAUUAACAUAACCCAUGUCCUUUUAAGAGUAAAGGCAAAUGUCUUCUAGCUUGAUCUUUGCUGAGGGGUGCAAACUUUAAAUGCCUUAUAAAUAUGUCCAUUGUAGGUUAUACAUAGUGGCCCAAUAGACAUCCCAUGUAUUUUUCAAUAGUAUUCAGCAAACAAGUGUGUAUAGAUGAGUGUGCCAGUUAUCCUUCAGUUUUGCAGAUCUCGACAUGCCAUUACGAUUUGAAUUGACUUGAUUGUAUUAAACUGUUGUCUUAGUUCAGCAUACAGCUACCCUUUAAUAAAUUUGCUAACAAAAA